CGUCACUAGGUCAGACCUCUAAAGAUGGCGACCGCCUACGAGAAAUUCAACCUGCACACUACCCCAGAGAAGUUUUACAUUGAGGCUUGCGAUGACGGCUCCAAUGAUGCACUGUCCAUUGACAGGGUGUCCACAGAAAUGAUCCUCACCGUGAGGAAAGACAUUCCUCCCCAUGCGGUCACCAGGCCAAUAUGUGGGAUCAUGGGAACUAUCCGUCUGGUGGCAGGCACGUACCUCAUCGUUGUCACAAAGAAGAAAAAGGUGGGUGACCUGUUGGGCCAUGCUGUGUGGAAGGCUAUGGACUUUGACGUUAUCUCUUACAAGAAGACUGUGCUGCACCUGACAGACAACCAGAUGCAGGACAACAAAGCCUUCCUAUCCAUGAUCAACAGUGUUCUGCUCACAGACGGCUUCUACUUUGCUACAGACUAUGACCUGACCCACACUCUGCAGAGACUUGCCAACACAAGCCCUGAGUUCCAGGAGAUGAGCCUGCUGGAAAGGGCAGAUCAGCGGUUUGUGUGGAAUGGUCACCUGUUGAGAGAAUUCAUGCCACAGCCAGAGCUGCACAGGUUUGCUUUCCCAGUUGUCCACGGCUUCAUCAUUAUGAAGUCCUGCUGCAUCAAUGGGAAGAUCUUUGACUGGAACGUCAUCUCCAGACGGAGCUGCUUCAGGGCUGGAGUACGUUACUACGUCAGAGGCAUUGACUCAGAGGGUCAUGCAGCUAACUUUGUGGAGACAGAGCAGAUUGUCCAGUACAGCGGGGGCAAGGCCUCAUUCGUACAGACCCGAGGCUCCAUCCCCUUCUACUGGUCCCAAAGACCCAACCUCAAGUACAAACCAAAACCUCAGAUCAGCAAAACCAUUGACCAUCUGGAUGGCUUCCAAAGGCAUUUUGACUCGCAGAUCAUCAUUUAUGGAAAGCAAGUGAUUUUAAAUCUGAUUGACCAGAAAGGCUCAGAGAAGCAAUUGGAACAGGCCUUUGACAAAAUGGUGUCCAGCUUGGGCAACUGCAUGGUCAAGUACAUAGCGUUUGACUUCCACAAGGAAUGCAGUCGGAUGAGGUGGCAUCGCCUGCAGAUCUUAGUCGAUAUGGUGACAGAGAUGCAGGACGAGUAUGGGUACUUCCUGGUUGAUGUGGAUGGGAACGUUCUGGUGCAACAGGAAGGGAUGUUCCGCAGUAACUGCAUGGACUGUUUGGACCGUACCAACGUCAUCCAGAGUCUGCUGGCACGACGCUCACUGCAGUCACAGCUGGAGCGACUGGGAGUUCUCCACAUGGGCCAGAGGAUUGAAGAUCAGUCCGACUUCGAGAAGAUCUACAAAAAUGCGUGGGCAGACAAUGCCAAUGCGUGUGCCAAGCAGUAUGCUGGCACAGGGGCCUUGAAGACGGACUUCACAAGAACAGGGAAGAGGACACAAUGGGGGCUGGUGAUGGAUGGAUGGAACUCCAUGAUCAGAUACUACAAGAACAACUUCUCAGAUGGCUUCAGACAGGACUCUAUUGAUCUGUUCCUGGGUAACUAUUCCAUUGAUGAGGCAGACAUGACCACACCCCUGCAUGAGACCAAAGACUGGAAGUUCCUCACGUUGCCCAUUAUCAUGGUUGUGGCAUUCUCCAUGUGUAUCAUCUGCCUCCUCAUGGCUGGUGACACGUGGACGGAGACCCUGGCGUAUGUGCUGUUCUGGGGCACAGCUAGCUUCGUGACGGCCGGCGUCAUCCUCUUCAACGGUCGGGAGUUUGUAGACGCGCCCAAGCUGGUCCAGAAGGAGAAGAUGGACUGAAUGUGUGCGUGUGGAAAGCAGCUACGCCCCACAGACUUCUCCUCUUCCUCUUCAUCCCACUCUUCUUCAUCAUCGUACCCUCAGGAUAAGCGGGCCUGGAGCCUGUACUGAUUACUGAGCCAACGGCAUGAGGAAGAGGAGGAGGAGGGUGGGGUGAGAGAAAGGCCAGGUGUAUGAUGUAGGGCUGUGAAGCAUACAGGGACUCACUCUGCACUGGCCUGCUGCUGUCCACACCACUAGCACAUUGUUUGGGCUGGGGAAGAUCCCUAACCUUGUCCAUAGACUGACUGUAUAAGCUGAAAACUGUCUGAUUUUAUGAUACGAUACCCCACUACGGUAACAUUGUUACCCCGCUGCACGGAAUGCAUAUGGGCACUGCUGUUGUUGCCAUAGCAACCUUGCCAAGGGAACUUCUUAAAAAAAAUAUCUUGCUUUUUUUGUUGACUUGUCACCUAGCUACAUCAUGUCAUAUUUGCUCUGUUAGUUGCCAUAUUGUUUCAGUGUCAUUGCCCCUUAGUGGUCGAUCUGAAGGUAGUGUCUUAGUGUGAUAGCUGACCUAUUGGGUGCCAGUGGCUGUCUGUCGGCCCAGCCCAAGCCAUGAUCCCAAAAUUAGGUCACCAAUAGUCAUGGAGAGAAUGUGCUAGCUGGUCAAUUAUUGGUGAGGGAAUGUUCUAGCUGGCCAAUAGGCAGGAAGAGAACGUGCUAGCUGGCCAGUGGUUGUUGAGAGAAUGUUCUAGCUAGCCAAUAGUUGGGGAGAGAAUGGGCUGAACUGUUUCAAUAGGGAACUUUAGUUAUGGUGUCCCAUCACCAUUAAUGCCAUAACUGCCCAUACUAUUCUCGCUCACUGCACUUCUGAGUGCACAGAAACUAAGCGUUUCACAUGAGGAUUGCUCUGAGAUGUGACGAGAGGGAUGUUUGUCUGUGUGGUAUGUCUGGCCGUCAAGUCUUCCCAGGUAUGGAAAGCUUCGUGAAACAGCUGGAAAGACAAAUCCUCAUUAGUUUCUAACAACCAAAAGGUGUGAGAGAGCAUCAAACUAUAUACUAUAGUGAGUAGGAUCUGUCUUUGACCAGUAGACUGAGGCCCAAACCUAGGCUAAUAAUGAAGCAUGGAUUUAAUGGCCCAAUGCAGCCAUUUCUAUCUCAAUAUCAAGUCAUUUCUGGCUAACAAUUAAGUAACUUACUGUUGUUGUUUUCAAUUAAAAUGGUUGUCUAGGAUUGUCUGGGAAUGGUUUUGGGGGAGGGGGAAACUGAACUAGCUGUUAUUGGCAGAGAUGUUUGGAAAUCUUUGUUAUUCAUCUUUUAACUAAUUUUUACCGUCUGGUGAUGUCAUCCCACCAAAACAGCCUGAAAUUUCAGGCGGUCUUUUCAAAUACUAAGAGCAUUAUAAUUUUCACAGUAUUAUUUCCAACCUGGAAAUGUACACUGCUCAAAAAAAUAAAGGGAACACUAAAAUAACACAUCCUAGAUCUGAAUGAAUGAAAUAUUCUCAUUCGAUACUUUUUUCUUUACAUAAUUGAAUGUGCUGACAACAAAAUCACACAAAUCAAUCAAUGGAAAUCAAAUUUAUCAACCCAUGGAGGUCUGGAUUUGGAGUGACACUCAAAAUUAAAGUGGAAAACCACACUACAGGCUGAUCCAACUUUGAUGUAAUGUCCUUAAAACAAGCCAAAAUGAGGCUCAGUAGUGUGUGUGGCCUCCACGUGCCUGUAUGACCUCCCUACAACGCCUGGGCAUGCUCCUGGUGAGGUGGUGGAUGGUCUCCCAGACCUGGACUAAAGCAUCUGCCAAUUCCUGGACAAUCUGGUGCGACGUGGCGUUGGUGGAUGGAUUGAGACAUGAUGUCCCAGAUGUGCUCAAUUGGAUUCAGGUCUGGGGAACGGGCGGGCCAGUCCAUAGAAUCAAUGCCUUCCUAUUGCAGGAACUGCUGACACACUCCAGCCACAUGAGGUCUAGCAUUGUCUUGCAUUAGGAGGAACCCAGGUCCAACAGAACCAGAAUAUGGUCUCACAAGUGGUCUAAGGAUCUCAUCUCGGUACCUAAUGGCAGUCAGGCUACCUCUGGCGAGCACAUGGAGGGCUGUGCGGCCCCCCAAAGAAAUGCCACUCCACACCAUGACUGACCCACCGCCAAACCGGUCAUGCUGGAGGAUGUUGCAGGCAGCAGAACGUUCUCCACGGCGUCUCCAGACUCUGUCACGUGCUCAGGGCCCUCAUACAACCCUCAUGGAGUCUGUUUCUGACUGUUUGAGCAGGCACAUGCACAUUUGUGGCCUGCUGGAGGCCAUUUUGCAGGGCUCUGGCAGUGCUCCUCCUUGUACAAAGGCGGAAGUAGCGGUCCUGCUGCUGGGUUGUUGCCCUCCUACGGCCUCCUUCACGUCUCCUGAUGUACUGGCCUGUCUCCUGGUAGCACCUCCAUGCUCUGGACACUACGCUGACAGACACAGCAAACCUUGCCACAGCUCGCAUUGAUGUGCCAUCCUGGAUGAGCUGCACUACCUGAGCCACUUGUGUGGGUUGUAGACUCUGUCUCAUGCUACCACUAGAGUGAAAGCACCGCCAGCAUUCAAGUGACCACAACAUCAGCCAGGAAGCAUAGGAACUGAGAAGAACCACUCCUUUAUUGGGGGUGUCUUGCUAAUUGCCUAUAAUUUCCACCUGUUGUCUAUUCCAUUUGCACAACAGCAUGUGAAAUUUAUUGUGAAUCAAUGUUGCUUCCUCAGUGGACAGUUUGAUUUCACAGAAGUGUGAUUGACUUGGAGUUACAUUGUGUUGUUUAAGUAUUCCCCUUUUUUUUGAGCAGUGUAUAUAAAACACGGGAAAAUCUAGUUUUUGAUUGAACUGGGCAUUUUGAACAAAGUCUCAUGGGUCAUUGGCGAUUUGAAAUGCCACGUGUCCUCUAUGACGAUUUCUAAGUGCUUUAGUGUGUCUCUGGAUGGGAAUGUGAACUGUUGCUCUCUCUUACACAAUCUUUCUCUAUAUUAUUUAUCCUUUGAUUAUUGGCUGUUCUGUAGCACUAGCCCCAAGUCAAAUUCUGAUUCUUUAUAAGAGAUGGGGUGUUUAGUAGCAGGAUUGGGUCCAAUUCCAUUUGAAUUCAGUCAAUUCAGGAAUUAAGUUCCAAUUCACAACAUUCUCAUUGAAAAGCAUUGAGGUCAUGUUUAAUUGGAAUGAGAAUGUCAGUUUACCUCCUGAAUUGAAAUGAAAUUGAGCCCAACCCUGGUGUAUAGUGUACAUAAUCAUUACAGGAUCACACUUACCUUACCUGCUGAUCUGAGAAUGUUAAGAAAAAAGUAUGUAAUGUUUUUAAUAUUAAAUUGAUUAUAUUGCCGCUUAUGUGUCUUUCCACUUCAACUGUAGUGGUGCAAAAUGACAAUGAGAGUAUGUAUGUCCUAUAACUUUAAAUGUAGUGGUCCAAUAAUACAUUGGUGUAUGGUUACUAUGAUAAAGCAUAACCCAAGGUACACAUCGGCUACCAUGCCAAUGGACAACAGUGCAUUAUCAGCUAUAAGCCUAUCAAAUUCAAGAAUCAGCCAGCAUAGUGUCUCUUGCUGAUCUGUGUUUUUAAACAGAUGAUUUAGGUGCCAUGUAAGCCUAGAUACAAUUUAAUGUAAUGACAAAGCAUUGUAUGCUUGUAAGAAUGAUGCGCAAAAUGAUCAAUACAAAUGACUGUGAUAUUUAAGCUGAGUCGUGUUUGAGUGGUUUUACACAUCUUUUUGGUUUGACUGCUUUACCAAUGAAAAUGGGUUGCUACUGUUGACUCAAGGCAGUAUGAAGAAAACAAGCUGGACCACAGUUGUAAUUGUUUUAUAGGCCUAUAUUAUUGUCACAUGUUUUUGUUUCAGAGGAUUUAUUUUGGGGCAGUUAUUUUCCAGGAUAUUCAUUUGUUAUCAUUGUGUUUUUUUGUCACUUAAAACAUUGUUGUGUUCAAGAAUUGUGUAAUAAAUGUAUCAUCAGUC